CAUUUCACAAAACUGUUACUAGGUUAGUACGAGGUUCUAUUGUGAAGGUCCCGCCCGGAAGUCCAUGCUUCCUGUCUCUACCUCAGGGUUCGUGCUUUUGGGAUUCAGUGUGGCAGCAGGGGAAAUCGGGGAUAUUUGGGAACGGGGAGUCGGCGAAAACCGGGACUAAGUCGGCAGAAAUCCCGACGAAGCCUUGACCACUACACCGCGGAGGUUCCCGCCGGACACCUCUCCUCCGUCCCCCGCUGCUGGCUGCGGUUUUUCUCCCAGAAAUCUUCCGCACUGGUGAUUGAAUUCAUCAACUGGUUGUGUUGGAGCUGGACUGAGCUGCGUUAGUCAACCAAAGAUGGAUCAACUGUCAGAUGAGGAGGUGGAGGUCAGGGAGGAAGAGGAAGAGGAAGAGGAGGACAGUGAUAAAGAGGACCAGGACCUGGAUAAAAUGUUUGGAGCCUGGCUGGGCGAGCUGGACAAACUCACACAGUGCCUGGAUGAUGGGCGGCCAGAGCACCCUCCUCAGCAGAAAGCUCCCCUCAGACAAGAAACCAACAUGGCCAACUUCUCCUACAGAUUCUCCAUCUACAACAUCAACGAGGCUUUGAAUCAGGGGGAGAAUGUUGAUCUGGAUGCUCUCAUGGCUGAUCUCAGCUCCAUCGAACAGGAACUCAGCACCAUCAACGCCAAACCGAACAGCGCGGGCGGCAUGGCUCGGCUGGGGUUGACAGAUACCAAGAUCCGUCAGAAGCCUCCAGCAGGGCGCAGUAGCAGGCAGCAGCCAGCAGGGAGCAGUGGCGGUGGUGGCAGUAGUAGCAGCAUUAGUGGUGGAGGAGGCAGUAGCGGAGCGAGCAGUAGCAGCAGCAGUGCCAGAGCCUCACCAGCUGGUACCAUCAGAGCUCCCACUGGGCAUCAAGGGAGGCCAUCGCUGGCUUCUAACUUCAGUCUGGAUGACAUCACCGCCCAGCUGGAGAAGGCGUCCCUCAGUAUGGAUGAGGCUGCCCGUCAGACCUCCUCCCAUUCCCUUAGCUCUGCCUCCACCUACACAUCAGCCACAACACGACGGCCCGGGUCCUCUCAGCGCCAUCAUCGACGCACAGGAUCAGUUGGCACAGUCAGCGAACACGAGGCGCGUUCAGUUGUCCACUCCUCGCGCUCCUCUGUCACCUCAGUGUCCAGGGUUUCUGUCAACUCUGCUUCUUCUAUGGACUCAUUGGACAGUGUUCUGCGCUCUAAUGAAUCAGAUGACCAGCAGCCUUCAGUUACAUCCUCAGCUGAAGGAGCCAGUCAAGGCCAUCACAACACAGAGGAGGAGCAGGCUGCCAAGCUGAAGGCAGAAAACAUCCGAGUGGCCCUGGAGAAGAUCAAGGAGGCUCAGGUGAAGAAGCUGGUGAUUCGUGUUCACUUGUCAGACGAAAGCUCAAAGACCAUGAUGGUGGACGAGAGACAGACUGUCAGACAGGUCCUGGACAGUUUGCUGGAGAAAUCUCACUGUGGUUACAGUCCAGACUGGUCACUGGUGGAAACCAUCAGUGAGCUGCAGAUGGAGCGGAUCUUCGAAGAGAACUAUUUGCUGGGGCGGAAGGAGACAUGUGAAAUGGCUGAAAGAAACAAAGAGGCUCUGUUAGAGGAGUGUUUUGGCGGUAGCUCAGUGUCCGUCCCUGAGAUGGAGGGAGUGUUAUGGCUGAAAGAGGACGGGAAGAAGUCACGGAAGAAACGCUACUUCCUGCUGCGGGCCUCUGGCAUCUCCUAUGCAAAGCCAAGGUGUGCAUCCAGAGACCUGGUGUGUUUUCUCCAGCUGGAUCAUGUUAAUGUCUACCAUGGCCAGGACUAUAAGAGCAAGUACAAGGCUCCUACAGACUACUGCAUGGUGCUGAAGCACCCUCAGAUCCAGAAGAAGUCUCAGUACAUCAAGUACCUCUGCUGUGAUGAUGUCAGAACCCUCCAACAAUGGAUAAACAGUAUUCGCAUCGCCAAGUAUGGGAAGCAGCUGUACAUCAAUUUCCAGGAAGCGAUGAGGAGGACGGAGGCAGCCUAUGAUUGGUCCUCACUCUCUUCUUCCUCUAUCAAGUCAGGAUCCAGCUCCUCCAGCCUUCCAGAGUCCCAGUCCAACCACUCGGACAGCGGUGUAUCAGAGAUGACAUCAUCAGGCCACACACGCUCCCAGAGUAUCGUCAGCUCCAUUUUCUCUGAUGCGUGGAGGAGAGGAACACAAGGAGAGAUGAUGAAGAUCGACCCUAUCAGUAGGCCUAUCCCUGUCCAGAUACCGACCCUCUCCCCCCAGCCUCUCCCUCUCUCUCAGCCUCAGACACCACCUUCCCGGUCCAGCUACACCGAUGGCCUCAUCCCUUCUGAGGAUUCCUCACCAUCACCGCCCUCGCCUCCAUCACCUCCGCCUCCCCCACUGGUGGCAAGUGUGGCCCAUCAGCCAGCACCUACCUCCUCAUACAUCAAGUACAGCACGUUGGCUCGCCUGCAGAGCCAGAACCAGUCCGGGACACAGGCAGCAGGGGCUGCCCCGCCGGCCUUUCCCAUCCAGUCUAUGAAACCCAACUACAAUACUCUCCCAGCUACUUAUAGCUCCUCACCUCCACAGCCUCCAUCUCCUCCCCCUCCUCCUCCACCAACGGUGCCGGCUCCAGGUUCAGCCAUGGCCGCAUUGAAAUUUGGUCCACCAAGCCCCUCUGCUCUCCCACCCCCACCCCUACUAGAGGAGGAGUUGCAGGAGCCCUCCUACCUCCCUCCUCCUCCACCAGAGAGCCUGGAGGCCAAUGAGUUGCCUCCUCCUCCCCCUCCAGAACCCAUCCCCAAUUCCUGUCCCCAACUCUGCAACACUGGCCUCCAACAGUUCCUGGCACAAAAGUUUCCCAACAUGGUGUAUGACUUCAGCCCAGCAGUGCUCGACGAUACGUCUCCGCCUCCCCCACCUCCAGCUGAGCUUUCUCCUCCUGUGUCCCUGCAAACUCUCCGACCUCUGUCUCCCAGUGCACCCCCUCCCGCACCUCCAAAAACGUUCACUGGUGGUUUCCCCCCUCAAACUGCUCCCAAACCCUCAGGUCCCUCUUCCCUUCCAAUUGCCCUCUCACCUGUGUCACCAACAGGGCCCCAGAGCAGCCAUGGGCCAUUUAAAAAGCAGCAAAGUUUCUCAACAGGACAUUCCCCAAAUCAGCCACCUCCCACACUUCCAAAGCAGCAAAGCCUCUCCUCUAAAAACCUAGCUCUCUCUCCUUCCUCCUCCUCUUCUUCCAUCUCCAUUGCAGCUGCUACCUCUUCCUUGGUCAAACAGAUUGUCAGCCAGUUCCCAGGAAACUCUGCUCCUUCCUCUCUGCCUGCACCCAACUCCACAGAAGGAUCUAAGUUCAGUGCUCCUCAGUCUCCUCCAGCGGUCAAGGCCAAACCAAAGUGGCAGCCAGGAGGCCCUGUGGCUCCACAGUCCCCCGAGUUCCCCCCACCACCACCCAACAACUCACUGGGGGAUUUCCCUCCUCCUUCCUCUUCAUGCUCCUCCAAAAUGGGCUCCCCUAUAAAGAAGUCACCUUCCACCUCAUCAGCAGGAUCCACCAAGCGCGGGCCUCCACCAACCCCACAGAGAGCCUCUUCUAUCCGGUCCAGUUCAGGAGAGACCCAGGAUGAGAGGCCAAAGAAGGUAGAGAGCCUGGUCAGCAAAUUUGGCCAAGCUCCUCAGACGGGUACGUCGUCCAGCUCCUCGUCGGCAACUGGGUCACCUUCAAAAGAUUCCUCUGCACUUCCUGCUCCACUCCCAAAACCAGGGAAGCUGAACUUGGCAAACCUCCCAUUGGCACUCCAGGGGCUGCAAACAGGCCAGCACUAUCAGCCUUCUGAAUUUCCAUCCCCUCCUCCACCACCUCCUCCCUCCCAGCCUCCUCACCUUGACUCAUCUCCUGACUAUUUCCCACCUCCCCCCAGUGACUCUGAGCUCUUCCCUCCUCCUUCCCACCUGUCAGAGUUCCCUCACCCCCCAAAGGUUGCAGUGGUGAACCCCCAGCCUCAGAUGCAGCCACAUCAACAGUCGGCAACCUCCUCCUUAUCAACGUCAUGGAAACAAGGCUCAGUGAAAAAGGGGGCGGCCCCUCCUCCAACACUGAAUUGGCGGACCAGCAACACGACCCAGUAUGACAAUACCACAACAAUGCCCAUCUCACCGCCUCCUUUGUCACAGACACCACCUGCAUCCCUGUCCUCUUUCUCUUCCUCCUCCUCCCCUGUUCCCCCCACCUCCCCAAAGUCAGCGGGACCAGGCUCCCUGGCACUAAAGCCUCACUUCCUAGAAGACCUCAACCGCACCCUUAAGAGAAAGUCAGUGUCUCGCCAUGGCUCACUCACCUCUUCCCACCUCAUCUCCUCGUCUAAGAUGGAGCCUGUGGGCACCAUGGACGACAUGGCGCUCCUCCCGCCACCCCCUCCGGAGCUCCUGCAGCAACAGCAGCAUGGGGUCCGAGGACACUCUCACACUCUGUCUCGCCACCACACACACUCCCACUCCACCAAACAUGCCAACAUCUCAGGCUAUGCAACGCUGCGACGAGGCCCACCUCCCGCUCCUCCAAAACGGGACCAAAGCACCAAACUGACCAGUGAGUGGUAGGGAACAAGGACACUGGGCGGAGCCUAAAGAACUGGACUGACUGUUUCCUGCAGAAAUGAACUAAUCCAUGUCUGUCUCUUCUCAUCUUAACCCAUCCACCCUUAAACUUCAAAGCAAGUAUCAACCACUCUUAAUCUCAGAUUAUGAUUGUUCCUAUUAUCCUCAUUAUUACUUCCAUUACAAUACAUGUUUAAUCCAAUGACAUGAGUAAAAUCAUGUGUGUGUGUGU